GAAAUGAGCUAAACCAUCGUGACCUAUAGUUUAUUCGCAAUUGAAGAAGAGUGGAGGUUAUCUUUGAUUGACGUUACAAAUUGUAGCCGGUCGGUGGCAUUGCCUCGCCGAUAUUUAGGGGGUGGCAUAAGAAAUGGAAGAGCGCGCACUGGGUCAAGGCUGUUCCCAGGUCAUUCUAUCCCAGAAGUCAGUAUCCAACAUGUCAGCGCCCAUGCAAGAAAAAUUUCCGCUGUUCUCGAUCUAUUUUCUUCUAUUUUUCUACUUUUUUACAUGUCUAUGCACAGAAACAGAUGUUCACGAAGAAUUCCUGCUUUGUAGAACCUGUGGUCAUGAAGUAGCUGAUGGAGCACAUUUAACAUCAGUUCCAAGCCUCUUAGCUAUUCAUCAGAGAAACGACACAAUACUCGGACAACCUCAUGUCUUAAUACAACUCUUCAAAAAUCCCCAAGGUACAACAUUUGAGGUAGUGACUGUGAGUGACGGUGAUGUUAUCAAACAUGACCAGUCUUUUGAGGAGUAUACCUGGUUUCCUGGAUUCUCCUGGCAGAUAUUGAUUUGUCCAAGGUGUGCUGCACAUCUUGGAUGGUAUUUCAGUCCGUUGUCUGAAGAUUCCGAACAGAAAAGUUUCCUUGGCCUAAUCCUCCAAAAAUUAAUUCAUAAAUCAUUUGCCGAUUCCAUCCUCAUUACGCCAAAAUCUUUCAAGAGCUGAUGGCCGUUCUCCGGUGUCAUCUCCUGGUUGAGAAGUUUUACUAGUCUGGUGCUUGUGAAUAUUGUGGCUCAAGAUAUGUUUUGG